AUGAUACUGCUACGAGGACUACAGGCCCCGGGAGCAGGAGUUAAGGGCCCACUUGCUACAGAACUACGACUGACUACCUUACCUGCCAGGACUACACUGCUCAGGCUACGACGGUUCACCCUCAAGCACAUAGAUAUUGACGAGGAGAAACAAAUACUGGAUGUGGACGCCUGGGUGAUAUAUGAGUGGACAGACUCGAGGCUUGAGUUCGUACCCCAAGCUGGGAUAGAGAAGCUGGCCAUGUCACCUAAGGAGAUCUGGAUGCCGGACCUCAGACUCUACAACAGUGUGGACAUGUUUCAGCGCCUCGGCAGAAGAAAACAAGAAUCAGACAGCACCCUGACGCUGGUGUACCCCGACGGCCGUGUGCUCUACGCCCCGCCAGCCAAACUCCGAGCCUCCUGCGUGACCGACCUCACCUACUGGCCUCACGACAAACACAACUGCUCCAUCGUCCUCGGCUCCUGGGUCCACCACGGCCACACCCUGGACCUCAGACUCGUCGCCAAGGAAGUCAAAGUAGACGUGCCCGAGGUAGAUGGCCCCGACGGCCCCCUUAGUAGGUCAGAAUGGAAGGUGGAGGCAGGGAACAUCACCAGACGCCAGAACUCUUACGAAUGUUGCCCUGAGCCCUACGUGUCCCUGUGGGUGACCCUCAUCCUGGUCCGAGACGCCCCGGCCUUUGCCUGGAUCAUCAAAAUCCCUGUGGCAGGUAUGUGUAUCCUGACGGUGGUGUUGUUCCUACUGCCGCCGGGAGCUGGGGAGAAGUUGGUCUUCGGUGGAUUGUGUCUCAUUCUGGACUUGCUCUUCAUCGCCUACACGUCCAACGUCGUCUCUCACGCCUACUCACACCCCACUCAUAGUGCAGUUGGUGUGUGAACAGGUAGUACUGGUGAUGGUGGCCCUGGUGGUGAGCUGCUUGGUGAUCCGUCUGGUGAAUCAUCCACAUACUUCUGGUUUGCCCUACUGUCUCAGGCGACCACUGGUGCGUCUAGCGUCGAUCCUGUACCUUAGUGACUACAACAACCUGGUAGAUGGCUUCCAGCGUUCUCUCCCUCACGCCCUCAAGUCAGAAGACCUGGAGCUAGGAGGUACAGGGGGAGGAGGUCUGGUAGGAGGUAUCCGACAGGAGGCUACGGUGAGGAACGAGUGGGUCUUCCUAGCUGCCGUAAUUGACCGUCUAUGUCUUAUACUCUACGUCUUUCUCUGCGUCGUCAACUUUAUUCGCUUCCAUGCCGUUUUCUAAGGUUCUCUACCGUGGUUUCUAGUGGGUUUUUACCUGUUUGUUAUGGUUUCUUGCUGUCUGUUGUGGCCUAUUGGUUUCUGUUGCUCUCUAAUGGUUUCUGUUGCUCUCUAAUGGUUUCUGUUGCUCUCUAAUGAUUUCUGUUGCUGUCUAAUGGUUUCUGUUGCUCUCUAAUGGUUUCUGUUGCUCUCUAAUGAUUUCUGUUGCUCUCUAAUGGUUUCUGUUGCUGUCUAAUGGUUUCUGUUGCUCUCUAAUGGUUUCUGUUGCUGUCUAAUGGUUUCUGUUGCUCUCUAAUGGUUUCUGUUGCUCUCUAAUGAUUUCUGUUGCUCUCUAAUGGUUUCUGUUGCUGUCUAAUGGUUUCUGUUGCUCUCUAAUGGUUUCUGUUGCUCUCUAAUGAUUUCUGUUGCUGUCUAAUGGUUUCUAUCCAUUUGUUAAGGUUUCAAGUGAUUUUUAGACCAUAUGGCAACCUGUGACAGUCAUAUGGCAACCCGUGACAGUCAUAUGGCAACCUGUGACAGUCAUGCGAAAACAUGUGACAGUCAUAUGGCAACCUGUGACAGUCAUAUGGCAACCCGUGACAGUCAUAUGGCAACCUGUGACAGUCAUGCGAAAACCUGUGACAGUCAUAUGGCAACCCGUGACAGUCAUAUGGCAACCUGUGACAGUCAUGCGAAAACCUGUGACAGUCAUAUGGCAACCAAUGACAGUCAUAUGGCAACCCAUGACAGUUAUAUGGCAACCUGUGACAGUCAUAUGGCAGCUUGAGUCAUACAACAUAUUUUAUAAUAUUUUUUGUGAAAAUACCAAAUAAUUAUUUUUUAACUAACUAAUAUACUGAGAUAAGUAACGACCACCAUACGUGUAGUGUAUAGGCUGCCAUAUACAUAUAUACUGUAUAGUCAUUAGAAGUAUAUACUGUAUACACAUAUACAUUUUAUGUUUUUAGUCUCUGUUUGUAUUAUUGUGUCUACAGUGUAGGUAUGUAUAAAGUAAGAUUGGUUAUACACACACACACACACACGCACACACACACACACACACACAUACACACA